AUGAUCACCAACCCAUUCGCUGCUUCGCUUCGACAAGCUCUGAUGGGUGCCGAGGACUCUCACUCUUUCGGCGUAUUCUCUCAAGCCCCGGAACACACCCUGACCUCGAUCGCGGAUUUGGACGAAUAUGCUAGGCGACAGUGGGAAGGUGUUAUGGGGUACAUGGUCGGAACGAGUGCCUUGAGUGGGCAGCGCGACGCGGUCAAUUUGAGCAAGGGUGUCAAACAGCUUCUCCAAGCCGGACACCUAGUUGAGAUCCGAGGCAACCGUGUUGACAUCACCAAAGAUGGGUUUGGAUUUGUGCUCCAGGACGUCAACACCCAGGUCUGGCACAUCUUGAUUCUUUAUGUGGAGAGCGCCGAGGCCAUCGGCAUGGACAGCGUCGAGGUCCUCUCGUUCCUGUUCCUCCUAAGCAGCCUGGAACUCGGAUCCUCUUACGACAAGAGCCACAUGACAUCCAACCAACUCCGCACUCUCGCGGACCUCGCUGAUUUUGGUAUUGUCUACCAAGAAGACGCCGACGCGACGCACUUCUAUCCCACCCGUCUCGCAACUACCCUUACAUCGGACUCGAGCGCUCUGAGCAACCCUGUCACAGGCUCUCUUACUGGGCCAGUGGGGCCGUCUGGUGGCUCUGGCUCUGGGUUUAUCAUCAUCGAAACUAACUACCGACUCUACGCCUACACCUCAUCGCCCCUACAAAUAUCCCUCAUCUCCCUCUUCACAAACCUCAAAUACCGCUUCCCCAAUCUGGUCACUGGCAAAAUCACCAGACAGUCUGUCCGUCGAGCUAUCGAGAUGGGAAUCACUGCCGAUCAAAUAAUCUCGUACCUAUUAUCGCACGCCCACCCACAGCUGCGGAAACACAGCGCUGCCCAAUCCAACGGCAAGGGUAUCCCGGCAUCUGUGCUCCCGCCUACUGUGACAGAUCAGAUCAGGCUUUGGCAGCUAGAGCGGGAUCGUCUCCGGGCCACGGCGGGCUUUUUGUUCAAGGAUUUCACGAGCUUGGCCGAAUAUCAGGCCCCUUGCCAGUAUGCCGCGGAAAUUGGUGUACUGGUUUGGAAGUCAGAUCGGAAGCGCAUGUUCUUUGUCACAAGGCAUGAGCAGGUGGCUGCAUUUUUGCGCAGUCAGAAGGUAGGUGGGAGGUAA